ACAGCAGUUAGUGUCUGAGGAGAUCUGUUUGAGGUCAACAUGGGCUUCUUCACUGUACUUCACAUGGCAACAGUGUUACAUCUCUCUUUGGUACCGGUAGUCAUUCUUGCACAAGAGUAUGUAACAGUCGACAUACAAGAAGGCACCCUGAGAGGACAGAUGUCACAAACGUACACGAACAGAUCCAUGUUCAAGUUUGAAGGUAUUCCCUAUGCGGAACCGCCAAUUAACGAUCUCCGUUUCCAGCCGCCAGUAAGAAAAGCAGCGUGGUCCGGCGUUAGAGAUGCCCUGCAUAUAGGAGGCAAAUGCCCUCAGUAUAGCAAGGGAAAAACAUCCGGAGAAGAGGACUGCCUCUACCUCAACGUUUACGGACCAGGGACGCCAUCGCAAAAUGGAACACAGAAAGCAGUUAUUGUUUGGAUCCACGGUGGAUGUUUCACAGGAGGAGCUGGAACGUCCGGAAAACCGGAGUACUUCGUAGACAACGAUGUCAUACUCGUCACCAUAAAUUACCGCCUGGGAAUUCUGGGAUUUUUGAGCACCAGAGAUGAAGUCGUUCCCGGGAAUAUGGGUCUGAAGGAUCAAGUGGAGACCCUUCGCUGGGUGCAGAGGAAUAUAGCAGCGUUUGGUGGCAAUCCAGAGAAAGUAACUAUCCUGGGUCAAAGCGCUGGAGGGGCAUCCAUUCAUUACCACCUCCUCUCUCCACUUAGCAAAGGACUCUACAAGAACGCCAUAGCAAUGAGCGGAUCAGCAUUAAACCCUUGGGCAUUCUCUAGAAAUGCAACAGACAGAGCAAUUCGGUUUGCCCAGCACUGGGGCUACACAGGAGGAAGUUCCACCGAUCUUGUAAAUUUUCUGAAAACUUUGAAUGCAAGUACACUAGUGUUGGACCGAAAUGUUGCACUAUCGGAAGAGGAUAGCGUGACUCUGUACAGCUGUGUCUGGGCACCAAGUGCUGAACCAGAACAUGAAGGAGCGUUUCUGGCUGAAGAGCCGUGGGUGGUUAUGACGGAAGAGCGUUACAACCACGUCCCUUUUCUCUCUGGUGCCACAGACAUGGAGCGUCUUAGACACACGCAGAAAGGUGGCGCAUUAUCGACUGAAGAACAAAUACAGAAUUUUAAUGACAACUUUGAGGAGAUUGUGGGCUGCGACCUACGACUUCCGACAAGGGAGGAACAGCUGGAAGCCGCUCAUUCCAUCAAAGAAUUUUACUACAAUGGCAGCGACAUCACUCUGAAGGACAACUAUACCACUGUUUUGUUCGACACUCACGAAUGCUUCGUGGAAGGCGUGGACGCAGUUGUCCAGAGGAUGGCUCGUUAUUCCUCUGAGGCGGUUUUCUACUACCAGUUCACAUUUGUCGGCCCUCUCAGCGUAUUCCCUGAUGGACCAGGCGCAACUCACGGGGAUGAUGUAUACUAUUUGUUUCCGUCAUCGACACUUGACCCCAAUUCUCCUGAAGGAAUCGUCAGAGCUCAAAUGACAGCUAUGUGGGCCAAUUUCGCCAAAUUUGACAAUCCAACUCCAGAACUGGACUCCCUUCUGACGGAGAAGUGGAAAGAGUAUGACGAAUCGUCCAAAAACUAUCUGGUGAUAGCAGCUCCUCUCAGUAGCGGAACUAACGUGUAUGGCCCGUACAUGGACUUUUGGCAUAACCUACUUCCGUCAUAAAUACAACAGCCUUUCUGUAUUUCAUUUUAAAGGUGGUUUACCAUUUAUAUGGCUAUUAUUUCUGAGAGUUGGUACAAAUAAAUUGAUUAUUG